AUGGACUUGCCGCAUGUGCAUCUUGGACCUUUCUCGGAUGAGAUAUUAGUGUUACAGGGUGAUCAUAGGUCUGCCUACGUAUGGGAGGGAGAGCUAGUGGAGCAGACUCUCCGCGCUAGGAGACUCGACUGGUCUCUAAUCACGACGUUGAUAGAUCGGUGGCGAUCGGAGACACACACUUUCCACCUGCCCAUUAGCGAAGCCACCAUCACGCUUCAGGAUGUUCAGAUUUUAUAUGGGCUGCCUACUGAUGGACUGGCCGUUGCACUGCCUCAGUAUAUGAGAUCUAUGACGCGUGCCCAGUAUUUGGACUUGCUGCAGCAGUUCACUGGUUUCAGGCCACAGGGUGAGGCUGCACCUUCAGGGGCAGUCGCAUUUCUGUGA